AUGGACGCAACAUCUGAACAUAGUAACGAUUUGGAAGUUAUAAAGAAAAUGGAAGAUGAACAUUUACGUCUUCAGAGACAGUUUCGAAUGGUACAAGCAGACAGACAAAACCGUAACAUGGGAGUGCAUCCUCAAUUUAGGAGACAGGAUCAGCUGCUACGAACUCUGAAGAAGGAGUAUAUAAAUAUACGAACUGAUUUGAAAAUAGCGAGAUCUGGUGCCCAUAAAAAGAAUACCAAAAGAAUGAGGAACGAGCUACAAAGAUCAUUAUUGCUCUACACUAAGACUGGAUUUGAAUGUGACGAGGGAAUAACUAUGAUGUCACAAAUGGACGAAUUGCUUCAGAGAAAAAAUAAACGGAUGCUGCAGUUGAAAAAGAUCGUAAACGCCAAUAAUGGACAGUUAGAAGAACGUCGCCUGCUAAGUGAGAAUCGACUAGCUUCAACAGAAAAUAAAUUAGAAGCCGCCAUGUUGAGAUUUAAUACUGUCCAGUCAGAAAAUAAGAAAAUUCGAGAAGAAAUCGAACAUAUGCUGAAUGACAGGGCAAUAUUCAACGAAGCCUGGUCGAAAAUGCUGAACGCUCUCAAGAAAGGCAAGAAGUUUCUAACAGAUCUCUUCGAAUCUUCCACGCUGGCGUAUGACCAGCGUGACGAGUGGUGUGCCAAGCUACGGUCUGUGCAGGAAAAGGGAAACCUGGAUCAGAUGGUGCAAGUCCAGGAAAUGCGUGAUCUACAAAAAGCCUUCGACCACGAGAUGAAACUAUACCACUUUCUCGCUAGAAAGGGAGUCAUGCGCAUCAAUAGGAAGCAAGAAGAGAGAGAAAUAGCAGACAAGAUAAAAGAAGAAGAAGAUAUAAAGAAAGAGUUUGAGCACCACGUUAAAAUCAUUAAUGAAGUCACGGACUAUGCAAAAGAAGACAACAUUAAUAAAAUAAUUGAUGAAUUCAAUCGAUUGGAACAAGAGAAUUUCUCCAUUUACACACUGUUGACGGACUACUGUGCUGAAAACGAAGUCCUGAGCAGAGACUUGAAGAGAAUACGAAGAGAAAUUGAGGACAGACGGGAUUGGAAUGAAAUGAUGGAAGAAAAGCGGCAAAAUAAACUGCGAGUCUUAAGAAAAAAAUUAGAAGAUCAGAAGAUGAAUACAGAAGAGAAAAGAAGAAUUUACAAGGAAAGAGAAGAAUUGCUUAACAACACUAUGGACAGUGUUAGUGAAAUAUUUAGGACCCUGGACUGCAGCAUGGAACCCUUCGCGAACCUCCUUGGUGAUAAGCAACCUUCACUGCAUCAGCUCGACCUGACCUUCCGCCUCAUUGCUGAGAAGAUACGGGAGUAUAUCCAAAUUACGUACUACUAUGAACGUCACAUGACGAAGAGGGGUGACAAAAGUGCUUCCAGGCUGAAGAAUUAUACUAUCCACCCCCAACCCCCGAUCUGUUGGUCUGCGACCCCCAUCAACCUAUUGGUUCCAGCUAACCCUUGUCCUGCUUGCAUAGAAGCCCGCUGGCUCUCCCGCGUCACAGAUACCCUAGAACAACCAUUCAACGACACCCAAGUACGAGACGCCCUCAGGAACCUAUGUGAGGACCCAGCCUUCGAGAGAAGUGACCGAGUACACCAGUUGACGGAAUGCCGAGUGCCUCAGAGUAGGGUUAUCUUGGCUAGGCGGUAUAUGCAGAAUUAGACUACUAGACUAAAUUAAAUUAGGGUGUUUUUUAUGAAAAUGGCAAAGUUUUUGAUUUUUAUACAGAGUGUUUUUUUAUCAAAAUGGAGGUAUAUGCCGAUAUAGACUGUUAGAUUAGCAUAGCAAUGACCAGGU